AUGCGGCAUUUCUCAACUACAGUGACCUUUGUUUUCCUCGUCUUGUACUGCACAGUAUCGGAGGCGUGGGGUUUACCAUCCCUCUCUUUACGCAAACGUAUUCCGCAAUCACUACUGAACAAGCCCGGUGCACGCCACGAGCGAAGCCUUGAAGGCCUCGAAGGCGUGAGAGAGUGGCUCAGCCAUCAAGAACCACUAAGCGGAGCAGCAGUCGAACACCCCGCGGAAGGUCUCAAGAUGCAAAGUGGUAGCGGUGAACCCGUUAUAUCUGAUGUCCUGCCCAAGACCCGCGGCAUCAAUAUCUUCUCGUCACUCACUCGACAGUUUGAGUCUGUGGAAGGUCGCUUGAAUGACUCGUCGCGGAGUGUAACAGUCCUGGCGCCUCGUAACAACGCCAUCCAAGACCUCCCUCGCAAACCUUGGGAGAACCCUGAUGAUUACGAGAAAUUCGGAGAAAUAAAAGCGUAUGAAGGUGAUGAAGGACAAGAUCGGGCCAAGCGCAACCUGGAACGGUUUGUCUCAGCUCAUAUUGUUUUGCAAAGUCCAUGGAAAGAGGGGGAGGAAGUUGAGACUCUUGGGGGAGAUAAGGUAAAGUGGAAGAAAGAUGGGGAUAAGAUAUAUAUUGAGCCAAGCGGUAUUCAGGUUGAGACUAUCGCAGAGAAAGUCUCGAAUGGGGAGGUGUGGGUACUGAACGGUGUUGUCAACUAUGCCCACUGA